CACCGCCCGCAUCCCGCAUCCCGGAGGCGCGGUGGCCCGGGCCACCACCAUCCAUGACCUCCUCUGGCCACCGACCUGCUCCCAGCCCCCGGGCACCCCGCUGAGUGAAGGACACUUGUACCAACACAGAAAGCUAGAAGGAAGAAUUCCGUCUUAAGAUCUCAGUGGAGAAUGAGCUGGCUGCCCCAUCAUGCUCCGAUUGAUGAUCCAUUCUUCGGUCUUGCUUUGCCGUGUUUGAUGUAAAUCAUGGGGAGGAAGCUGGACCUGUCUGGGCUCACUGAUGAUGAAACCGAGCAUGUUCUCCAGGUGGUUCAGAGAGACUUCAGCCUUCGCAAGAAGGAGGAAGAGCGGCUGAGCGAGAUGAAGCAGAAGCUCGAGGAGGAGGGCAGCAAGUGCAGCAUCCUGUCCAAGCACCAGAAGUUCGUGCAGCACUGCUGCAUGCGCUGCUGCGCCCCCUUCACCUUCCUCGUCAACACCAAGCGCCGCUGCAGCGACUGCAGCUUCAACGUCUGCAAGAGCUGCUGCUCCUACCAGAAGCCCGAGAAGGCCUGGGUCUGCUGCGUGUGCCAGCAAGCCAGGCUUCUGAGGACCCAGUCUCUGGAAUGGUUCUACAAUCACGUGAAGAGCCGCUUCAAGCGUUUUGGCAGUGCCAAGGUCCUAAAAACCCUGUACCGGAAACACCGGCUGGAGAGUGGCACGGGCUUCGACAUCCUAGGAGGAGGCUUGUUUGAGACAAACCUGGAGAAUGAAGGGAGUAUUUCAGGCAGUGACUCAACAUUCUACAGGCAGUCAGAAGGCCACAGCAUGAUGGACACCUUGGCUGUUGCCUUACGAGUGGCUGAAGAGGCCAUUGAGGAAGCCAUCUCCAAGGCAGAAGCCCAUGGGGACAGCCUGGACAAACAGAACGAGGCCAGUUACCUGCGGGACCACAAGGAGGAGCUAACGGAGGAACUUGCCACAACAAUCCUACAAAAGAUCAUACGGAAGCAGAAGGACAAAGACGGGAAGCGAGUGGAGGAGCCCGAGUGGCCCCAGCCUCGGAGCGGCAGCGUGGAGGGGAGCACAAGCCCCCCAGGAGGACGCCGAGCGCCCGCCGCCCUCUGGCGUUCCCGCUCGGCAGUGUCGUUCGGGGUAGAAGACGUGCCGAAGGCCCGGUCCCUGGAGGCUGUGUCCGGGCAGCCCGAGGGCCACAGCCAGUGUCCACGGGAGGAGGCCGCUUUGCCCAGCUGGAAGAGUGUGGACGGCCUGGAUGGAACCAAUCCGGCUCCAGUUUUCCAGAGCCCCGACGGGAACUGGAUGACCUUAAAGGAUGAUGGCACUCUGCCCUCAACCCGUCUGUUGGCCAAGCCUAAGAGUGGGACCUUCCAGGCCCUGGAGGUGGCUUCCAGUGUGACGUCCGCCUAUGACGAGAUGGGCUCUGACAGCGAGGAAGACUUUGACUGGAGUGAGGCCUUGAGCAAGCUGUGUGUGCAGUCUCGGGGCCAGGCCAGGCAACCCCAGCUUCAGCCUGAACAAGCCCAGGGCUCCGGCCAAGACCCCUCAGCUAUCCCCCCACCCUCCGGGCUCUCCCCCAACCCCGAGGCCAUGUGCUCUGACUCCGAGACCUCCUCGGCUGGCUCUUCCCGAGAAGCUGGACGCCGGGCCAGACUGUCGUGGCUGCAAAGAAAGGCCCCCAAGAACCCGGGAGCAGAGAGGGUGCACCUCCAGGGAGAGCUCGACGUGAACCUCAACCCCCAGGCGGCCAGCGGGGAGACCUCAGACAGCAGCGAGACCGAGGAGGCCCUCCACGCCACAGACCGGCGGGCCAGGAGGUGGAGAAGGAGCCGAGUGGGCUCAGAAGAGCCAAACAAGGAGAUAUCUUCCCCCAGCGGCCACCCCGAGAACCUACACGCACAUCAGGUAUUGGGUGACGCUUCAGAGACGGACGUCAGCAACGAGGCCCAGGACUCCCGGAGCAGCGCGGGCACCGCCGAGGGGAGGCUGAGGAGCAGGCUGCGAGAGCUCGCCGCGAAGAUGAGUGAGAAGGAGACCUCCUCGGGGGAGGACCAGGACUCCGAGUCCAGGACGGAGUCCGAGAACCAGAGGGACAGCCUGUCCUCCGAGGACAGCAAGCAGAGUGUCCGAGAGGAGCUGAAGAAGGAAAAGAGAGAAGCUUUAACGGUUCACUUAGAGCUCCAGCUCUUAUCCACAGUGCUUGAACAGAAGUAUUCUGCUGUUUCUCUCUGCAACAUCUCCACAGAAGUCCUGAAAGUCAUCAAUGCCACCGAGGAGUUGAUAGCAGAGUCUACAGGGCCCUGGGAGUUCCCACCAGCCCCGUCUGAUGGAGAAAAGGGGACGUUCCCUCUGGGGACAGACCAAGUGAGACUGGAUGAGCAGCUGACCUCCCUGGAGGAAAACGUGUACCUGGCCGCAGGCACGGUGUACGGCCUGGAGGGACAGCUCCGCGAGCUGGAGGACACGGCCCGGAGCAUCCACAGCGGCACGGGGGAGACCGAGCUGGCCGACCUGGAGGACCAGGUAGCUGCGGCCGCAGCGCAAGUACACCACGCCGAGGUCCAGAUUUCUGAUAUCGAGAGCCGGAUUUCAGCGCUGACUGUCGCGGGCUUAAACAUCGCACCGUGUGUGCGCCUCAUGAGGAGGAAGCAAGGUCAGACGCAGAGGAGCCAGGUACAAACUAUAGACACCUCAAGGCAGCAGAGGAGGAAACUGCCUGCUCCACCCGUGAAAGCUGAAAAGCCUGAGGCAUCUCCAGCAACCCCCACGAAGGUGUUUAACCGCAACUUCCUUCUCCCGGGCUCCUCCGCGCACAGGCCUGCUGACACCAAGGGCAGCGGGAAGGCUGCGACGGAGCCCACUCUGGAGUCAGCUGUGAUGUACUAACACCAUGGAACUCCACUGCCAGUGACCCACUGCCUCCGGCCGUACACGACAGUGCCUUGACCCAACAGCCAUCCAGUCCCGUAGGCUUUCCACCCGAGGAGAGGGCCUGGGGAGGCCACCAUGCACCGCUGCACGGGGCUGCCCAGAUACCUCACCCGGAAAGCAAUCUCAGACUCCAGCGUCGAGGGCUCGCCCACUCUCUGCCUUAGGCUCCCAGGGGAACCCAAGACCCAACCCCGGGACGCUGGCUUCCAGCAGCAGAGCCCCACCCUCGAGAGAUGCAUCUUCUCCCUGUCUGACUUGCUACUACUGUGUGUCGCCUUCCCCAUCUCUGUUUUCUGUCCCGUUGAUUCAACUACAACCCCAUGUCAGAUAGGGAAGCUGUGGGAGGGGGUCUGAAGGGAAGGAAGGUGGGAUGACCACCUGGCUCAUUGUCAUGCUUACCCAUGUCUCACACAUGCUAGAGGGAAAGUCCUCCUUUAGUGAGCUCUGGGGACAUCAUAUUGGGGGGGGUCGCUCAGCCCCACUGAAUACGAGUCUCCCUUGGCCACUGCCUGCCUGCUGAGCUUGCAGCAGGCCACACCACCAGUCCCCUGACCCUGGGAAAGCCGUGACACACACGUCAUGCCCAGGUCUAUCUGGAGUCUGAAUUUGGGGUUCUUGCAUGGAUGUAGUUAGAGUCUCUCGCCCUGUCGUGGGUAGAGGGACCCAAGGAAGGCUACCAUUCAUUCAGCUUUAACACACUGUCAGCAUCCACGUGUGGUUGAAUGGUGACCACAUGUAAAUGAGGUUUGGGCAGCAAACUAUUGUGAAAUAUAACCACAUGAGAACAGUGGUCAUCCUCCCAAAUGUGCCCCUCAGCGAUUCAGAAAAUAACAAGAACAACAAUAAUAGUAAGGGCCUGGCCUCCGCGAAUGUGCGUGUCUGAGGGUAGCAGGACAAACCGUUUACGGGCACGUGAGGGGCCCGCCCUCCACGUCCCUGAUCUGUUGAACCCACCCCAAACGCAUGAGUGUUCCAAGUGUGUCUAUGCAAGCAAGCAAGCUGGAGCUCUGCCUGAUUCACUGGGCGCUCGCCGCGAGCUCACGGUCGGUCCGUUCUGAAUCAGAGAAG